AUGACCAGGUCACAGCGGAUAUAUUUAUAUUUAUUUUGGGUGAAUACAUUUGGCUAUUAUCAUGUCAGCGGUUCCUAUAAAUUUAAUGCCCUUUCUUGUGAUCUUUGUGCCCCGGAAUUGGCUUUCGUUAAACAGUGCAACAUCAAAGCAAUCGAUCGAAAACAUAAUAUGAUUAAUAUAGAAGCCUUUUUAAAUAAAACUAUAUCAGAGUUUUCAAUCCAUUUCAUAAUGGUUAAACGCGAAAGUGGCGGCUGGCAUCCAUUUAUGUAUAAUAUAAAAAUGGAUAUUUGCAAAUAUUUUAAAAAUCCCAGAAAGUUUUUCAUUCCAAAUCUAAUAUAUUCAUUCAUUAAGCCUUUUACAAAUGUCAAUCACAGCUGCCCAUAUGAGGCUGGCUCUUACAUGAGUCUUCUUCGUUGGUCUCCGAAUGAAGAAAGUGUUCUAGCCAAGUUUCCGGUAGAUCAUGGACAAUAUGGCCUACAUACCACUUGGUAUAUCAACAAAAUUAGUGCAUUACAAAUUAAUGGUUCUGUCUUGUUUUUCAAGUGA